AUGGCAGGCCGCGGGGCAAAGGAUGAAGCCGACCAAUCAUCACAUACCACACCAAUGGAAAUUGACGAAAACGGACGUACCACACCUCCGUCUCCCAAACCAAUGGAAACAGAUGAAAAACCCGACGGAGCGCGUGCCCAGUCGACUCCCCGACCAACGCCAACGGAGACAAGUGAAGCACGUGCACAAUCCUACGCACAGAUUUGCAUCGAGUACCAUCAACUGAGGCACAAGACUUCCUGUAAGUUCUGCUCCGGCUCACCUGCCAACGUGGUGUUCAUGCCGUGCAGGCACAUGGUGAUGUGCGAGAUGUGUUCUAAUCAGCGCCUGGAGGCAUCGCGUGUGUGCCCAUGGGCCAAGUGUGGCCAAAAAGUCAACUAUACUAUCAAAGCAAUCAUACCAUAAAGCGGUUUUAGGCUGGACAUAUUUUCUUUUUGAAGACUUUGUGCCCACCGACCAUUCAUCUACUGAAUCAGAUAUUUUUGUGUGUCCUCAAAAUUUGGAAUGUUUGAGACGCGUGAGACGUAGCGAUAUUAGUGAAUACUAACUGAACCACUCGAUAGUCAGAUUUCAUUCCAAUCAGCUCAGAGUUGGAACAACUUCGUGUAUAAAGUGUCUACAGUAAAUGGAAAUAAUUUUUAAUGUAACGUGUUAUUUAAUUGAAUGUUUUAACAACAGAGGGAAAGAAUGACAAGUUUUUUAUCACCCAUUUUUACAAAACAAAAAGCCGAAACUUUUUUUCCAAACUGGAUGGAUUGUAUUGCGCCCUCUCGUGGUAUAUUCCCUGAAAUGACUCCAGCCUACAGGUGUUGAUAUUCGAUUUCAUUCAAGACGCGUUUCAUUCCAUUUACAUGUGUAAUGAAAUCAUUAUUUCUCGGAUCUCAUUUAAGAAGCCUUUAGAAAGCUUGAUAACAAGGUUCGCAGUUCUUGCCCAACCACAGUGUUUCCCUUUGCAGGAAAUCGACCUCUGACUUUCCUUUUCGCAUUUCAAACACCCUUUCCACUUUCACAGCCACCAGACGAUGGUUGACACAGCGUCAUCAAGAGGUCAAGAGCUAUACGAUGAGACGCUCUAAAGAUAUCGAUUCCCUGAAUCGUUAAAAUAGAUUAUAGCCAUUAUUCGUGUGAGAGAGACAGCAUAGUCUUUAAAAGCUACUGUGUUUUCUGUCAAUUCAGUUUCCCCAAUCUUGUAAAUAAUUGCUUUAUAAAGUGUCUGAAAAUGUUUUGUACAUUUUGUAACACCUAUCAAAAACAUCUAUGUAAGAUAGUCAGUGGGUACAUGGGCAGUAAAAGAAAAGAAACACAUUUUUG